GAAAGCUGAUUUGCGAUGAAUCUGCAUGUGGUGAAAUGGAAAUUAUAUGUUGUCAGUGUGCUGCUGAUCACAUUGUACCACAGUCACACUGCUGCUCUCAGUCUGAAGGAACAUCUGGCUGAUUGUCUUGUAGACAAAGACUACGACACGCUGCUGCAGACUGUGGAGAACGGUCUUCCACACAUAAACACGUCUCAUCAUGUGGUUAUAGUCGGAGCUGGCAUGGCUGGACUGACGGCUGCCAAGUUACUGCAAGACGCAGGACACAAGGUAACCAUAUUGGAGGCUAAUGAUCGUGUUGGAGGACGUGUGGAAACCUACAGGAAUGAAAAAGAAGGCUGGUAUGCUGAAAUGGGAGCUAUGAGGAUCCCAAGUUUUCACCGCAUCGUCCACUGGUUUGUCAAAAAGCUUGGGGUCAAGCUGAAUAAGUUCAACAUGAGUGAUACCAACACCUUUUACCUGGUUAAUGGGGUGAGAGAGAGGACAUAUGCUGUUCAAGCAAACCCUGAUGUCCUGAAGUACAACGUGUCAGAAAACGAGAAAGGGAUUUCAGCCGAUGAUCUGCUAGAUCGAGCUUUACAGAAGGUGAAAGAUGAAGUGGAAGCACACGGUUGCAAAGCUGCACUCGCAAAAUAUGACCACUAUUCUGUGAAGGAGUAUCUGAAAGAAGAAGGUGGUUUGAGUCCAGAAGCAGUGAGGAUGAUUGGAGACCUGCUGAAUGAACAGAGCCUCAUGUACACAGCGCUGAGUGAAAUGAUCUACGACCAGGCUGACAUCAAUGACAGUGUCACGUAUGACGAAGUGACGGGUGGAUCAGAUCUUCUACCCAAAGCUUUUCUUUCUGUCCUCGAUGUCCCCAUCCUCUUAAACUCCAUGGUAAAACACAUCAGGCAGUCAGAUAAAGGUGUAAUCGUGUCAUACCAGACAGGCAACCAGUUCCCUAUGACGGACCUUCAUGCUGAUAUCGUUCUAGUAACAACCACAGCCAAAGCAGCCCUCUUCAUAGACUUUGAUCCACCUCUCUCCAUCAGAAAGAUGGAGGCCCUGAGGGCAGUCCACUAUGACAGCUCCACUAAAAUCAUCCUCACGUUUAGCGAUAAGUUCUGGGAGAACGAUGGCAUCCAUGGAGGCAAGAGCAUCACCGAUGGGCCUUCUCGUUACAUCUACUAUCCCAGCCACAGUUUCCAAACAAAUAAGAACAUUGGAGUCCUUCUGGCAUCCUACACCUGGUCUGACGACUCCCUCCUCUUCCUGGGUGCGAGCGAUGAAGAGCUGAAAGAGCUGGCCCUGAGAGAUCUGGCAAAAAUCCACGGAGAGCAAGUCUGGGUUAAGUGCACGGGAGUCGUAGUGAAGAAGUGGAGCGCUGAUCCUUACAGCUUGGGUGCCUUCGCUCUCUUCACACCCUACCAACAUUUGGAGUACGCUAAGGAGCUCUUCAGGAACGAGGGCAGGGUGCACUUUGCUGGUGAACACACAGCCUUCCCUCACGCUUGGAUUGAAACGUCUAUGAAAUCUGCAAUCAGGGCAGCUACAAAUAUUACCAAUGUGGCACACAAAGAGUCAGCUAGAGCACAACACCGAGAUGAGCUGUAG